GGGGCUGGAGCCGCCAUGGGGCUGCUGAGCGUCGGCCGCGAUGCGGGGCCGGAGGCGGGGAGCGGGGAUGUGCAGCACCUCAACCAGCUGAGCGCCGAGCAAUUCUCAGCACUGACUGAAGUGCUCUUCAGCUUUCUGACAGAGCCCAAGGAGCAGGUAGAAAGGUUUCUGACUCAGCUCUCAGACUUCGCAGCCAUGAAUAAAAUCAGCUUGGGCCCCCUGAAAAACAUUGUCAAAAGUAUUCUUCUGGUACCCAAUGGUGCCCUGAAGAGAAAUCUGUCUCCUGAACAAGUCAGAGCAGAUUUUGUUGCUCUAGGCCUCAGUGAAGAGAAGGCCAGUUACUUUGCAGAGCAGUGGAAGCUGAAUGCCCCCACCCUGACACGGCUGGCUGUUGGUCAGACACUGAUGAUUAACCAGCUGAUAGACAUGGAGUGGAAGUUUGGUGUGACUGCCGGGAGCAGUGAACUUGAAAAAGUGGGAAGUAUCUUCUUACAGCUGAAGCUGGUGAUUAAAAAGGGGAGCCAAAUGGAAAAUGUAUACGUAGAGUUAACGUUGCCCCAGUUCUACAGUUUCCUGCAUGAAAUGGAACGGGCCAAAACCACACUUGAAAGUUUCAGCUAGAACUACAAGGACCUGCCCUGCUGUCUGUCCAGGGUGGUUAAUUUCUCCUUGUGGACCUGCAGAUCUGCUCUGUCCCAGCUGGUAAGAGAAGAUGAGGCUGUGCAACAAACAGCUGUGUCAGAAGGACCCAUCAGUCCUUCAAAAGCCAAAACAUGGGCAAGUGUUUUGAAGACACUGCAAGUCCACCUGCCUCUUUUUUAUACUAUUAUGAGAAAUGGUCAGAUAUGGAUACUUGUACUAAAACAGCAAAGAAAUAAAGCCAUUCCCAUCCUUC